UGACAAAAUGGCUUCUAUAUCUGUCUCGGAAGAGGAUUUGUCUUGUCCUGUAUGCUGUGACAUCUUCAAGGAUCCUGUUUUUCUGACUUGUAGUCACAACGUCUGUAAAGACUGCCUGAAGAAAUUCUGGGAAACCAAAGGAUCAAGAGAAUGUCCAGUUUGUAGGAGGAGAUCUUCAAAGCUGGAGCCCCCGCUUAACCUUCAUCUGAAGAACCUGUGUGACAGUUUCUCAAAAGAGAGAAAUUAUAGCCAGAGGGAACCGCUCUGCUGUCUGCACCGCUCAAAACUCAAGCUCUACUGUGAGGAAGACAAGCAGCUGAUAUGUCUGGUGUGUCGAGACUCAAAACACCAUAGAAACCACAAAUUCAGUCCCAUUGAUGAGGCGGCACAGGAGCGUAAGGAGAUGCUGAAGACCACUCUGAAGCCCUUACAGGACAAACUGGAGAAGUUUCAUGAUGUGAAACUCACUUGUGAUAAAACUGCAGAACACAUAAAGGGCCAGACCCAACAGACAGAGAAGCUAAUAAAGCAGCACUUUGAGGAGCUUCACCAGUUCCUACGAGAUGAAGAGGCAGCCAGGAUAUCUGCACUGAGGGAGGAAGAGGAGCAGAAGAGUCAGGUGAUGAAGGAGAAGAUUGAGAAGAUGAGCAGAGAUAUCUCAUCUCUUUCAGACACAAUCAAGAGCAUUGAGGGGAACAUGAAAGCUGAUGAUGUCACAUUCCUGCAGAACUACAAGACCACAGUUGGAAGAGCCCAGUGCACACUGCAGGAUCCAGAGAAGCCUUCAGGAGCUCUGAUCAAUGUGGCAAAGCACCUGGGCAACCUGAAGUUCAGAGUCUGGGAGAAGAUGAAGGACAUCAUGCAGUUUUCUCCUGUGAUUCUGGAUCCCAACACUGCAGCCCCACAUCUCAUCCUGUCUGAAGACCUGACCUGUGUGACAUACAGCGAUGAGACACAACAGCUUCCUGAUAACCCAGAGAGAUUCGAUAAGUAUUCCUUUGUGCUGGGCUCAGAGGGCUUUAACUCAGGGACACACUGCUGGGACGUGGAGGUUAAUGUCAAAAACUGGGACCUGGGACUGGUGACGGAGAGUGCUGGUAGGAAGGGAGUCUCCCCCCGGUCAGGAUACUGGUACAUUCAUUAUGUUGAUGGUAAAUAUACAGCUCGCUCUCUAGACACAUCACCUUUUCCCCUCACAGUGGAGCCGGAGCCCCAGAGGAUCAGAGUGCAGCUGGACUGGGACAGAGGAGAGCUGACAUUCACUAACCUUGAUGACAACACACAUAUACACACUUUCACACACACCUUCACAGAGAAUGUCUAUCCAUGCUUUUAUGCCUAUAUGUUUUCUUCUCUGAAGAUUGUGCCAGUGGAGCCUGCA